AUGGCUGAGCCUGCGCAGGGCUAUUCUGGGCCGGAUGACUCGUCAUGCUACAACUGCGGUGCUAGAGGCCACUGGGCCGUUGCUUGUCCGGAACCGACAAGAAAGACUCCUGCUGGCCUUGCCAAUGCUUGGAGAAACUCUCCAAACUCCCCUCAAGGCAAUGUUCAACAUUCCCAGAGAGGCCCCAAGAGGUCAAAUAAGGGGCCCAUCAUCACAAAAUAUGCACCUCCCCCGCCACCUCCUCCGCUGCCUCAUUCAUCCAUAGGACAUGGUGCGCCGCCAUACCCACCAUCCACUGGGCCAGCAUAUCAGCAGCCGAGCCCUCAGUUUCAAAACUCUUAUCCUCAUCAUCCACCUCCUAUCCACUACUCAGCCGGCUAUGGCCCUCCGACAUAUCCACCACCGCAGUACCCCCCGCCAUCUUAUGGUGCAGCUCCUGCUGCCCCUGUGGGAUAUCCAGCUCAUCCUCCUGGGCCACCAGCACCAACACCGGCUCCAUAUCCUCCCUCCUAUGGUUCGUAUCCACCUGUUGGGCCAGCUGGCUCGCCUGGUUACCCGCCCCCGACUGCGUAUCCUCCCUCUUAUCCGCAGCCGUCAUAUGGACCGCCCCCUGUUCAUUAUCCUCCUCGUGGCGGGCCUGCACAUCAUCCUCCCCCGGCAGCAACACCUCCUAAACCACCACGUUCUUCUCAUACACACUCUUCAUUAAAAGAGCCCAUAAAUUCCUCUCUUCCACCCAAACCGCCCAAAAGCAUCCAUACGCAACAUGAACCGCAACGCGACCAUAGGAAUAAGCGAAAACACGAUCGCCAAAAUCACAAGCAUCGUGACAAUAAACGCAAGGACCAAGGUCGGCGUCGCUCUCACCAGAAGAUGCAAAACAAGGCCAAUCACUCUGGCUCGGCUACUGGAUCUUCACAAAAGGCACCGGCGCUCGUUAACAUAGAGGGCUCUAGAGAUGCUACAUUCUCAUCAGCGUCUGGCUUGGGGAAGAAUGCUGGGUUUGAAUCCGAAGUAUCAACGACUACAGCCGAGAAGCUGUCGUCUAACAAUAAAGAGGAGUCUCAUCAGGAUGACAAUCAGUCUUACCAAUCUCAUGUUGGGGAGCCUGAUGAAGAUUCUCUGGUUGCCGGAGAGGAUUUCGAGAAUCAUUCUGGAGACGAAUCCGAGAAUCCGGCUCAGGGGCUUGUAACUAAGACUGGGGCGGUGUCAGCAGGAGAUAAUGGACGUCCUUCUCAAAACCCCCAAGACAGCGGAUAUGAUAACGUCUCAACUCCAAGUAGUCAUCAUUCUGACAAGCCCCGUCUAAACGGUAAACAUAAGCGCCUAGAUGAUGAGUCAGGAGAUGAGCAGCGGCCAAAGAAGGCAAAGUCCUUGGGCUCACUGACGGAUGGCCAGAAUGGUACUAAAGAGGGCAGUCGCAAAGAAGCAUAUGAUGAUGCAAGACAAGCCCAGGGCGACAAUAGUCCACCAGAGCAAGAAGAGGAUGAUCAAACCUUGCCUCCGCUAGAAUCUCGGUCACGGUCACGGUCUCGCUCAAGGGAACAAUAUCAGAAACUAGGCUCCAAAUCCAGGAAUUCGUCGGUCUCUAGUCGAUCUUCCGACUUGAAUUCUCUCGAAGCUGAGCUUUUAGGGCGACCAGAUAAAAGAUCUUCUACAGAACCUAGUCCACGUCAACGGCGAGAUAGUUUGACAAUACCAAAGAUGCAACGACGCCGCCAACAGAAUGCAGAUUCUGCAUAUAGUCGCCGCUGGUGA